GAUAUCCAGGCUGAGAUCGACGCCCAUAAUGACAUCUAUAAGAGUGUGGAUGGGAACAAGCCCAAGAUGGUGAAGGCUCUGGGCAGUUCUGACGAGGCUGUGUUCCUCCAGCACCGCCUGGAUGACAUGAACCAGCGCUGGAGCGACCUCAAGGUCAAGUCAGCCAACAUCCGGGCGCACCUGGAGGCGAGUGCUGAGCGCUGGGUGCGUCUGCUGGGGCUUCUGGAGGAGCUGUGGAGGUGGAUCUGCUCCAAGGACCAGGACCUGGCCAAGCAGAUGCCCAUCGGAGGAGACGUGCCUACUCUGCUGCAGCAGCACAACCACUGUCAGGCCCUGCGGUCAGAGCUGAAGGACCGCGAGCACGUUGUGGUCGGCGCCUUGGAACAGGCACGCAUGUUCCUGGCCGAUCAGCCCAUCGAAGGCCCCGGGGAACCGCGCAAGAACCUCCAGCCCAAAACCGAGGUGACCCCGGAGGAGCGGGCGAGGGGCGUGGCCCGGGCCAUCCGCAAGCAGACGGCGGAGGUGGGCGAGCGCUGGGAGCGCCUGCAGGGGCGCGCGGGCGGCUGGCAGCGGCAGGUGGAGCGGGCGCUGGAGCGCCUGCAGGAGCUCCAGAGCAGCAUGGACCAGCUGGACCUGAGGCUGGUGCGGGCCGAGGAGGCCAGGGCCGCCUGGCAGCCCGUGGGAGACCUGCUCAUAGACUCUCUGCAGGACCACAUCGAGAAGACCACGGCCUUUAAGGAGGAGACGGCCCCGCUGCGUCAGGAAGUGCGCGUGGUGAACGAGCUCUCGGCGGAGCUGGUUCCCUUGGACGUCCAGCUGUCCUCCACCGCCUCCAGGCAGCUGGACGACCUGAACAUGCGCUGGAAGCUCCUCCAGGUGGCAGUAGAGGACAGACUGAAGCUGCUGCAGGAAGCUCACCGAGACUUUGGCCCCUCUUCCCAGCACUUCCUCUCCACAUCCGUUCAGACCCCCUGGCAGAGGGCAGUGUCUCAGAACAAGGUUCCUUAUUACAUCAA